GACACUGCUACUAAACGCGCCUAAUGGAAUGUGUUGUUAUUAUGAAUCGGAUAUUUAUAUUCAUGCGAUUAAUGCAGUAAAACUAGAGAUAAACGGUUUAUUAGAAUAGUGUAAAUAUGGAGAAAUCUCUGAAUUCAACAAUUCGAUGUUCUGCAGCGCUGCUGAAUGGCCGGGAUAUGCUGGAACAUCAUAUGGGGAAUUACGACAUGAGCACAUGUGUACCUCGCCUGGUUCAUCCCGAGGAAGAAUUACAACAUUCUGAAUCUAUUCAACAACUGAAAGAUGAGUUUCGCAAAAUCCUCACCCAACAGCGUGUUGGUAAAUCAAAAGCCUACUCAAUGGGUGACUGGGAGAACGAUAGGAAACGCAUGAGGAUAACACAACUCGUUGGCAAAUGGAACCUAUUCGGAUAUUUGGAGGAUCAAAUCUAUUAUGUAGACGGAUAUGAGGCUCUGCACUUGAUGGAAAUGAACAGAUUGAUAGUGUAUUGGAAUUCGGUGGUCGUAUCGAUAGAACAAGCGUAUACUUUAUUCCUUGGGUAUUCCGAAUCUCUUAGCUUAGAAGAAUAUCAAGUGUACAGUACACUGAUGAGGUCGGGGUUUCAUCUGUUGAAAUACGACGCAGAUCGUAAAUACCAAGCGGAACAAACCACGAAGAGGAAAGAGCCAUUAGACAGGGAAACAUUAUAUGUUUGGAGCAUUUUAGGUGAAAUGUUGGGAAAACCGAAUCGAUCUAUCGACCCGACAAAUGUUACAGACAUUGAACUGUACGAUAAAGUACGGAUGUCAAUGCAAAAUUCUAGCGCAAUAAUCAAAUCACAAGAAUAUCCCAAAGAAUUAUGUGCUAAUGGUUCUGGGAAGCGAAAGGCUUCAUCUCAGAUGGAACCCAUCGAACCGAAAAGGAUGAAAUAUGACUGUUUCUUUAAUGGCCAUUUUGGAUGUAGAUCAAAAGUUAACAAAUUCAAGAAAAUUUUCGGAAAAUUCGAUGUGAUACAGAGUACGUUGGAUGACGGGGCAGAUCUGAUAAAUCUGGACACAUGUAGAUUCAAACUUUUGUUUGAUUUAUUUCCUAGCGACGGAACUACAUUUAAGAAGAGUGAACCCAUGGUGCCCGAUUAUAGAAUUUUCGUUGGAACGUCAAGUGAUCCUCUACCAACAGCAGCUGAAAUAUCUUACGUAUAUAAGUCUCAGCCAGACCCGAAAGUACCAAUCCUUAUGAUGCGAGUGGCAGAGUCAAUGUCUAUUCACUGUUUUCUCUACAAUUUUCACCGGGUUCCGAGUAAUCCAAUUCAUGCUGUAGAAGACUGCACGGGACACAGAUAGGUGUAUAAGAAACGUAAACCUAGAGUUAACUCCUUCCCGUACGAUUUAAUUUUCGAAAGAGCGGACCAAAUGCAAACGCUUCGAUGGAUCACGAUCGAGUAAUUUUACUUCUCUGCUGAGCGUCUCUGUGCCUCCUGCGUUGCAAGCGCACCACGAGAGAGACUCGAUGUUGUACGUUUUGGCACAAUCAUUUCAAAUCGAGUGAGACUCGAUGUUGUACGUGAAAGGGUUAAAGAAAAGACAACACUUAUAUAGAACAAGUAAAUAAAUUGGAAAAAAUGCAUACGAUUUUUCAAAGAUCGAUUCUUUGGAAUCGAUUUAAUCAGUGAAUCAAUCCCUGCGCCGUUUAGAAAAUUGACUCAUCAAGAUCGAUCUUUUUCUAAAGAUCGCUCAAUCCUAGGCUGUAUGCGACAAUUGGCUCGGGAUAAUGCUGGUAUGUUUGUUCAGAAAAGUACUGUGUAAAGUGACAUGUGACUACAUUUCUGUAGCGUUUUGAGAGGCAAGGGAGUUCCGGAAAAAAUAGUCCAUCUCAUGGCGACACAGUAUGAGGCUUUCGCGUGGAGAAUUCAACACAACUGAGCCUUAUCUGACUGUAUCCGUGUCGAGGCUGACAUGAGACAAGGAUUUUUACAUUAUCGUUAUUUACGAGAUCAUGGUGGGUGCGAUUGAUCGUGAAUUUGUUGUGUUUUGUAUAUUUAUUUUUCAUAUUUUUUAUAGAAGCCUGAGGAUUUUCUACAUAAUAUAUCUCGAUAUCAGAAGUGCUAUUUUCUUCGGUUUUGAGAUAUGAUUUUUCAAAUUUAACAUAUUCUAUGUCUUCGUGAUUAGACUAGACCUAUGCGACUAGAAUCCAGUCUUCCUACACGUGUGAUACUUUUCAAAGAAAGUUAGCUUCAAUUUUUCGGACCACCCUAAAAUAGAAAUUUAUAAUAGCACAGCCAUUCCAUGGCAAACCGAUAUAGUGGUUCUUAGAUUUUCGUGAAAAGUGGUAGUUUUUUUUCUUUAUCGCAAAACAUUAGACCCGUAUUUUUUUUAUUUUUUUGUUAGGGUGCCCAUUUUCAUUUUAGGCUGAUCCGAAAUAUCGACUUUUUCCUCUUUUUUUUCUCCUAAAAUGACAUUUUUCAAAGAUUCAUAACUUGUGAAAACUAAAGGUAAUUAGCUAGGCAUUCUUGGAAAAAUGCUACGCUUGCGAAAAUUCCAGGUUUUGGUUAUUUAUAGUUUUCAUGGUCUCGGGACCAAAGGCGCUAUAUUUUUUAUAUUUUUUUCUGGAAAGCUGAGUAUUUUUCACAUAACAUAUCUCGAAUCUAGGGGCGUUCUUUUUCGUUUUGGAGUUAUGAUUUUUCAAAGUU